ACGGAAGCAGAGAGAAUGAGUCGAAGCGAAAGGAUUUACGCCGCCCAAAAUCGGUCCUCGUGAGAUAAGGUUUAGUAGUGUCGAAAUACGUGAAACUUAUUCAAUCGAAUAUAAGUUUCGUAAUGUUUAGGCUAUUUGAAAUGUACGGAUAUAAGUGGACGCACGUGGAAUUCAGACAACUGAUAAAUACGACUUAGUUGUGUAUAAUCUUUACGGAAAUGAAGUGUCCAAGAACAAUUUCCACGUUCGCGUUUGUAUUGUUAUUUAGGCGUCGUGUAUUAACACCCAACUAAAAAUAUUACUAAUUUGACUGCAUAGCAUCACAUACUUAAUUCGCAUUGGAGACAUAACUUGGUUGAUAGAUGUUAUCUAGGUAACACUGGCUAGCUGCUAACAAUGGCUAACUGUAUGGUUUUUCACACUCAAAUAGCCUCCAUCAUGGAGGUGCUAGCGAAUGCAGCCGUGGCAGAGAUCUGUAAACUCGUAGACGACGACUAUGCAGUGUUUCGUUUGGAAAUAACUCAAAGCCAGAAAGAAAACAGGGCAUUGCGGAGGAAACUACUGGAACUGAAGGUGGCACGGGAGCGCGCAGAGAGGACAAUGCGAGAGCGCGUCCUCGCCAGUCGGCCAAGUAUCAAGAUCCUUGACAGAUACAGAGGAAUAGCAAGAGGUGAAGGACAUCUCACUGGAGGCCACAGGAACUUUGUGAAGCCAUCGGGACCCAAUACAUUGAGAGAUGACCAACCAAUCACUGUUGAUGAGGGGAAUGGAGCCUCAACCCAGCACAUUAUCGUGAUCGAGUCUGCAGAAGUUGCAGGUUCUGGGGUCAAGCAGGAGAGGUCUGAAGGAGAGGAGGACACACUGCAAAUCCAGACUGGAUUGGCUGGAGCUCCCCCUGUAGCCACGGAUGAACCCGACACCACCCCAGCGCAGCCCAAGACCCGACGCAAUGUGACGGAGGUCAGUGGAACGCUGAACACCGUCCUCAAGUCAGAGACCGACACAGAGACUUUAACUGUAACACAUAGGCUUUUACCCACAGGAUCUGACCAAAUGUCAGACCCAGAGAGACUGGGGCUGGGGAGACUGGGCUGCACUCCUGCUCCCGCCUCAGAGUAUUUACUUUAUGGAAACCCAAGCCCGAGGACGGUUCAUUCCCAUCCGGACUCAGGUGGCGCGUCAGAGACUGGUAAUGAUCCGUCUUGUUCUUACACUUCAGAGAUGGACCCUAGCAACAUUCCGUUGGUUUUAGAGUCACAGACUGAUCUGUCUAGACGGGAUUGGAACCGGUGCAGUAGAAGUGUAUACUCUGAAGGGUGCCUAUAUAAAGCAGGGGAGGGUAUGGCCGUAGAUGAAGUGACUGUGAAAGUGGAGGGCGACAUUCCUCCCACAUGGAAUGCAGAUAGUCUCCUAGGAGAUGGACACUCACAGGGCAGAUAUUUCUUAGAUUACAGGGAAAGCUUGGAGACAAAUCCAAAUGUCGCUACCCACUACCCUUUACACACGCUCAGGGAUCGCGACCCUUUGUCCACGUCGAUGGGGCCUUCUGAUUCACAUGGCAGCGUCCUCUUCGAUCAGGUAUUGAACUCAAAUGACAGGACUAGAGCCCAGGAUCAGAGAGGGGAAGCUACAUCAGGCAAUAGCAAAGAUAAACGUUUCCUCUGCAUGUUCUGUAACAAAGGCUUCAGCUGCCCCCAGAAGGUGGAGAUCCACCAGAGGGUACACACGGGGGAGAAACCCUACAGCUGUACCCAGUGUCACAUGCGCUUCACCCAGGCUGGCAACCUGAAGAGGCACCAGAGGGUGCACACUGGGGAGAAACCCUAUGGCUGUACCCAGUGCCACAUGCGCUUCGCCCAGGCCGGUCACUUGAAGAUGCACCUAAAGGUCCACACGGGAGAGCGGCCGUUCACUUGUACACACUGCGGAAAGAGGUUUUCAGAGAGGAGCUACCUCAGGAUACACCAGCAGAAAAAACACUCCACUCUAUAACAUAGAAAGUAACCAUUCCACUCGAUAGCUUCUGAGGUUUAGAGUAACAGAUUUCAGGUGUUGAAUAUUCCUGGGUAGAAUGUUGCAUCCAGACAUUGGCAUAUAUAAACCUACAAAUCUGUUACAUAUUGUGUUUGUACUGGGCUAUAUGAUGUUCACAAAUGCCCAUUUCAUUACUUCCAUUCGACUACUUUUUUUUUCUUCCCCAAGAGACUUUUAAUGAGAAAAUGAGUGCCGUUUAUCAAGUUCAUGCCUAAUGUUUUGUUGAUGUACAGUGGGGUAAAAGAGUAUUUUCUGUCUCUCACAGACUUGUAACUUCUUUAAGAGGCUCCUCUGUCCUCCACUCGUUACCUGUAUUAAUGGCACCUGUUUGAACUUGUUAUCAGUAUAAAAGACACCUGUCCACAACCUCA